AUGUCGUCGGCUCAGAGGCUAUCGAAGCAGCAGAAGGGAAAGGCAGUCGCAGCGACGUCGAAUCCGACAAGGAAUCCCGACGGGGAUCGUGUCGGGGAUCCGGAGGCAAUUCAUCGCGCGGCGAUGAUGGACACGGCGAAUCUAUCUCGUUCUCAGCGACUUCUGGUCGCGGAUGCUGCGAGACUCGCGAGAGAAGGAAGCCAGAACGUCGUUGCGAGGGAUGCAAUGGAAUGUUCGAGAGACGGGCAGAGCGGGGUGAUGCCUGUUGACUCGGUCACCCUGAGAGCUCGACCUGCGGAGGGCGGUCCCUCGGAGGACGAUGAUUCUGAGGCCGAGUUCUUCCCGACUACCUUUUACCCCGACAGAAUUUUCGAAGAGCUUCCUCAACUCCAUCCUGACUUAUUGCGUCCUGCCUUCUUGGCCGGUCAGGACUGGGAGGGCGUAGAGAAGACGAAGUCGACUCCUGGAAGUGUGAAGAGGGUUCUUUGGGCUGCGGGUGCCGUAGGCGUGACCUUCCUUGUACCUACGAAAACGCAGAGACCCUGGUCUCCUCCGAUGGGGUACCAGACGGUGUACGAAUCCUAUUUUCAGGAAGACACUCGUUACUGGUUCCCCAUCCCGCGACUGAUCACAGCAUACGCCAGACGUCGAGAUCUCGCGAUCAGUCAGCUGCUGAAUGGCUCGCUGCGACUAGCGGUCACUUUGUCGGUUUUGGCGGAGCAGAUUGAUAUGCCGAUGAGCGUUAGGUCAUUCGAGGAGAUGACCUCGAUAACCGAUAUGAAGGAUGGCACCUACUCGGUGAUGAUACGACCGAACUGCAAUGUGUGUGCCGGUCAUCCGAAUAAGACGCAGAACUGGCAGCGCUCCUACUUCUUCCUUAAGUCCGACAGCUCGGCCUUCGAGGAGCCUCCCCAAGAUGAUUAUCGAGUUUUUUGGAACCGUUCUUGCGUCGGCCAUCCUACCUCUCCAGUUUAUCCCGAAGAUUUUUUGAGAAGUGUUCGUGCCGUCGCUCUGCUUCGAAUCUAUCGUUGGUCCGAGAUCUCCGCUGAGAAGAUCCGAGAGUGGAGAUCCGAUCUUCCGACCGUUCUUCCCAUUCGCGCUAAGCGACUAGACGUCUUCCCGAGAGACAUCCAAAAACAAGUUACCGAGGCAAAGAGGAUGGGUACUCUUCCUGAUCUGACCGCAUUAAUAGCGGCCCAGCUGGGGCUGAAUAGCGGGGAAGGACCCUCGAUGGCGGUUCCUCGUGCUGACGAGGUUUUCCCUUCCGAUGCCAGAAGUGCGGGGAAGGGCAAGAAAAGGAAAAGAGGCGACAGCUCGGGAGUCGAGAGGAGUACUGAGGAGACGAGUGACGUCCCUCCUUCCGGUGAACCCCGGAAGAAGAAAAAGAAGAAAAGGACAAAGAAGAAGUCCGCCGGCGAGCAGUUGGAGAAUGCUGACGAGCCGAUCGAGCAAGAGGAGGAGGAUGCUCGAGAAGAAGAACUUCAGUCCGAAGAAGGGGCUUCUGAGGCUGAAGCCUCGGAGGGACGGAAUGACGAGGAGGGAGUAAGUGAAGGAGAGGAACGUGAGACUUCUCUUAAUGCCGCCCGCUCGGGUGAUUCCGAGGAAGAUAGCGAAGGGUCGCCACUCCUGAUAAGGAUGGGAAAUGACGAAGACGAUGAUGAGAAGAGGUCUUUUGUUCUGACGUCUCCUCGCGAGAGAACUCAUGUUCCCGCCGGGGGAGGGGCCGUUCAGACCGGUACUUCUUCCCGCGGCGCCGCUAUCCUACGGAGGGCACCUAGAUUCAGCUUUCCCGACAAGGUCGACUUCCACUACGAGGGACCGGCUCCCUUAGUGUACGUUCCAGAAAAAUGUGGAGAGUUUCUCUGUCAAUUAAGAGGGAGGGCGAAACCUCUUCCUGCUGUGAAAGACCUGAUCUUCGGGGGUGAAAACGAAGAAGCUGCGAGGGCCAAACUGCUGGGUGACAGCACGAUGAAUGUCGUGAUUGAUAAAUACGACACUGCCCUUAAAGGAGCCUUGGACGAGCUCGAGCUGGCCAAGAAAGAGUUUGCUGAGAAGAAAGAGGUUUCCGCUCGUCAACUGAACGAGUCAAGGGCCAAUCUGCAGAAGCUCAACGGGAUGAUGACCCGCACCGUUGCUCGACGCGAUGAGUUUAAAGCCGCGGUGGAAUCAUCUCGAAGAAUCAUCCGCGAGCUUGAACAUAAGAAUGCUGAUCUCGAGAGCGAGAGGGCUUCGCUCGCUGCCACGCACGAGGGAGAGAUGAAACGUCUGAGGGAUUCCAGAAUCUUGGAGGUGACAAGAGAAAGGGGGAGAGUUGAGGCAAAAUGA